AUGGCAGCACACCUCUACACAUUGCAGUCAACAAGGGACAUCGGGAGGUUGUGGAUGUCCUGUCAGGGACAGAGGGAGGUUGUGGAGGUGUUAUUACAGAACAAGGCAAAUGUGGAUGAGAAAGAUAAGGAAGGCCGCACACCUCUACAUCGUGCAGCCUGGCAGGGACAUCGGGUGGUUGUGGAUGUGUUAUUACAGAACAAGGCAAAUGUGGAUGAGAAAGAUAAGGAAGGCAGCACACCUCUACAUCGUGCAGCCUGGCAGGGACAUCGGGUGGUUGUGGAGGUGUUAUUACAGAACAAGGCAGAUAAGGAAGGCAGCACACCUCUACAUGAUGCAGCCUACGAUGGACAUAGAGAGGUUGUGGAGGUGUUAUUACAGAACAAGGCAAAUGUGGAUGAGAAAGAUAAGGAAGGCCGCACACCUCUACAUAAUGCAGCAUACCAGGGACAUCGGAUGGUUGUGGAGGUGUUAUUACAGAACAAGGCAAAUGUGGAUGAGAAACGUCAAGAUGGCAGCACACCUCUACAUGAUGCAGCCUGGCAGGGACAAAGAGAGGUUGUGGAGGUGCUAUUACAGAACAAGGCAAAUGUGAAUGAGAAAGAUAAGGAAGGCCGCACACCUCUACAUGAUGCAGCCUACCAGGGACAUAGGGAGGUUGUGGAUGUGUUAUUACAGAACAAGGCAAAUGUGGAUGAGAAAGAUAAGGAAGGCAGCACACCUCUACAUCGUGCAGCCUGGCAGGGACAUCGGUUGGUUGUGGAGGUGUUAUUACAGAACAAGGCAAAUGUGGAUGAGAAAAAUAAGGAAGGCCGCACACCUCUACAUGAUGCAGCCUACGAUGGACAUAGAGAGGUUGUGGAGGUGUUAUUACAGAACAAGGCAAAUGUGGAUGAAAAAGAUGAGGGAGGCAGCACACCUCUAUAUAAUGCAGCCUGGCAGGGACAUAGGGUGGUUGUGGAGGUGUUAUUACAGAACAAGGCAAAUGUGAAUGAGAAAAGUAAUGAUGGCAGCACACCUCUACAUGAUGCAGCCCGGGAGGGACAUCGGGAGGUUGUGGAGGUGUUAUUACAGAGCAAUGCAAAUGUGGAUGAGAAAGAUGAGGAAGGCAGCACACCUCUAAAUCGUGCAGCCUACCAGGGAUAUAGGGAGGUUGUGGAGGUGUUAUUACAGAACAAGGGAAAUGUGGAUGGCAAACGUGAUGAUGGCCGCACAGCUCUACAUGAUGCAGCCUACCAGGGACACAGGGAGGUUGUGGAGGUGUUAUUACAGAACAAGGCAAAUGUGCAUGAGACAGACGAUAAAGAAGAAACUGCUUUACAAAAAGCAGAGGCACAACAUCACGAUGAUAUUGCAUGGCUUAUAACUGAGGCAACAAAUAUAGAUGACCUGACAAUCAACCAUGGUACAAUUACAGAUAGGGUGACAACCGAUGGCCAGUUUCUUAUGAAAUCAUCGUCAAUUCCACACGGAAACUACAACAAUGGCGGUUGGCUUACAUCCACACCACUAACAUCAACGUGCCCCGUGAACCACACAUCAGUAGAAUUGCCAGGGGUUUAUGUUCCGAGUCAACUGGGACAAGCAGUUUCCACAGACAGACAAAGUGUUAUGGAAGAGAGAUACGUCGCCUUGCAGUCAUCCCAACCAUAUCAUAUAGACGGAAAUGUUAACAACCUCCUUACAGAUCCUGCACGCAUGGAGAUACGUUCACCCAAUCAAAGAUCAAAAGCCAUAUAUGGAAACUCAAGUCAUGUUCCCACCUGUGUCCAUGCUCCAGUAGUUGGUGACACAUUGCCUAGUUCAGAUACCACUAGUAAUUCUGAGAAUGUCAUCAUUCACUACACUGAGUCUGGGGAAAAGAUAGAGCUGCAGCAGUUCUAAAAGUGGUCUAGAAAGGAGUUAUCAUUGUUAUUAUGGUGUCCAGUGUUACAGUAUACAUGUACAUUUUUACAACCUCCUUUAGGAGUCAGCCGUCCGAAUUUGGUUUGCAGAAAGUUAUUUGUCAUUUGUGUCGAUGACAAUCAUAGGUCUCUAGCGUGCCCAAGGGACGCAACUCUGCACAGCGAAUCGCGGCGCCUUAGACGACUGGGCCACGCGUACCCCCGUGUUAUGUUGAAAGUAGUGGAGUGAUUUGUGUCGAUGUAGUUUUGACGUUUCGGUAUGCAUCUCGAUUCCAUAAAAACCCCAUUGUACUUCACAAAUUCUAGGCUCAUGCCUAACUUUAAUGUUUAGAAGAUUACAUGACAGUUUCUUACAAAUGUUUAUAACUGGACAUAUGCAGAUUUCAGUGUGUUCCGAACUUUCUUAAAGCAAAGUGUUUUGUUGAAAUUAUUCGGAGUGAGUUCAGAUUGACGUACACAAUGAACGGUAUUGCCACUUUGAUUUGUUUCUGCACCAUUUCCAGUGUCAGAGUUGUGAAGUCUCACCCCCAAUACGAAGCCAUGUAACCUGUUGUACAUGCAAUAUAGACUUUAAAGUAUGUUCACGGUGACUUCAUAUUCAGGUAUAUAAUGAUUUUUGUAUUUCAAAGCAAUUUAUCCUAUUAAUUUCCAUGAUGUCUUGGCAAACAUGAAAAUGCUAAGAUCAAAUAGAAUUCUUUCAGCUGUGUCCCUUGAACAAAUACAGACUAUAUAGUCAUGGGCAAAACAAACC